GUGUUAAUUGACUGGACGUGGUUGGACGUGGUUGUCGCGUUCGAAAGUGCAUGGUCCGACGGGAUAACCUCGCUUUCGCUCGUCCGCAUCCGCACGCGAAGAAACGCACGCAAUGACGGAGGUAGUGGUGUCGAUCGACGAGGAGCAGUUACUCUCCCGGAUCUCCAAUCUCAUCGCCCGCGCCGCGGACGACGCGAUCUCGCGCGACGAUCGGAUCUUUCGUUUCGGAGUAUCAGGCGGUUCGGUGGUACAACUGCUGGCCAAGUCUCUGCCGUACAUUGCAACCGACUGGAGCAAGUGGCGCUUCUUUUUCUGCGAUGAACGAGUGGUGCCCCUCGAGGAUUCCGAGUCAAAUUUUGGCCUCUACAAAAGUUGUUUUAUCGGAAAAGUGCCCGUCACUGAGGAGCAAUUCAUGAAGGUUGAUCCAGAACUCAAUGCCGAGAACGCGGCGAAGGAUUACAUUAAAAAAAUGGCCUUCUUCUUCCCGCCGGACAGAUUACCGAGAUUCGAUUGCCUGCUGUUGGGUGUGGGUCAGGACGGGCACACGUGCUCGCUCUUCCCGGGUCAUCGGGCCCUCGACGACGAGAACAUGUGGGUCACAUGGGAACUGAAUGCGCCGAAACCACCACCCAGUAGAAUCAGCCUCACUAUGCCAGUCAUUAAUAACGCUCGCAUGUGUGUGUUCAUUGCCACCGGCGCUAGCAAGGCCGAGAUCGUCAAAAGGAUCUUGAGAGAUAAGGAAGAUUUACCAGCUACCAGAGUGGAACCAGUUGAUGGCACUCUCUUUUGGCUGCUCGAUCAAGAAGCGGGCAGACUACUCAACUCAGACUGAAAUGCGAGCUCUAUAUUUUAGUGUUUUUUUUUUUUCAUUAUAAUUUACUAAUUAAAGUCGAUAGAGUAUUUGAAUAAGCGUUAUAUGCUCGUACCAAAGUGCGAAAAUGACUCGUGAGAAAAUUGACAAUUCAAUUUUCGACUAAUAUUGCUCAACAAUGUCAUUUAUAUAAAAAAUGUGCAAACUUUUUUAUUGUAAAUCAAUCUGCAUAUGUAAAAAGAUAAUAUUUAAUA